CCUCCGGGGGUGGCGGCGGGGAGGAGUGGGGGAGGAAUAUUUUUAGCUGAGCUUAGAGCUGCCGGGGAGACUACGGGAGAUCGUGCAGGUUGCUGUGGCCGGCCAGAGUUGGACGGGAUCUCCCUCCCCUCCCCUUUUUCUUCCUCCUCGCACAUCUGAGGGCGGCAGCGGGGCUAGCCCCCCCAUCCCGGAGGUCGCCUUUGUUUUUCCCUUGUCGCUCUCUCGAGCAGCCGGGGCGGGGUGGGAGGGGGCCAGGCUGGGCUGGGCUGGGCUGGACCAGCCGUCCCUUCUCCUCACCCCGCCGGAGCCUGCGGAGUUAGCGCGGUUCCCCUGGGCGCUGCUUUCCUCCCCGGCCCGGGGCUGAGCAGCCACCGCCCCCCAACCCGGGACCCCCCAUGGCACCGCCGCGAUGUUCGUGUCCCGACUCCUGGAUUUCCAGAAGACUCGUUACGCCAGGUUUAUGAACCACCGUGUCCCAUCCAACUGCAGGUACCAGCCAACCGAGUACGAGCACGCAGCCAACUGUGCCACCCACGCGUUCUGGAUCUUGCCCAGCAUCCUCGGCAGCUCCAUCCUCUACAUCCUCUCUGAUGACCAGUGGGAAACUAUCUCAGCCUGGAUCUAUGGCUUUGGCUUGUCCAGCCUCUUCAUUGUCUCCACUGUCUUCCACACCAUCUCCUGGAAGAAGAGGCAUCUCAGGACUGUGGAGCACUGCUUGCACAUGUUUGACAGGAUGGUGAUCUACUUCUUCAUUGCUGCAUCAUAUGCUCCCUGGCUGAACCUGAGGGAGCUGGGUCCUUGGGCCUCCCACAUGCGUUGGAUCAUCUGGAUCAUGGCUUCUAUUGGGACUGUCUAUGUCUUCUUCUUCCAUGAGCGGUACAAGCUGGUGGAGCUGGUGUGCUACGUUAUCAUGGGCUUCUUCCCUGCCUUGGUCAUUCUCUCCAUGCCCAACAGGGAUGGCCUCCCAGAGCUGGUGGCCGGAGGACUCUUCUACUGCCUGGGCAUGGUCUUCUUCAAAAGCGACGGCCGCAUCCCCUUCGCCCACGCCAUCUGGCACCUCUUCGUGGCCAUCGGGGCUGGCAUCCACUACUACGCCAUUUGGAGGUACCUCUACCGGCCUGGCGCGCUGGAGCCCAAACCGUCCUGGUAGAAGCCUUACAGACUUGUGCCAGCUGGCACCUGGGGGCAUGGAGAGGAGCAGGGAGCCAGCCAGAGCCCCUGGGCUCACCCUGAACCACCCUCGCGCCUCACGGGCGGCAGUGCCCUUCCUGCACAGCCAGAGGAGCCUGGAGGUGGAUUUUAAACAGAUUGUCCUUUUUGGAACCUGGGGAACUGUUUAUCUCUUUAGGCAAAGGUUUCAGGUGGUGGUGACUGACUGAUGGACUGCAGGUGAUGGGGAGUGACCCC